AUGUAGCCUAACCGUGUUCAGGGCUAAAUUACACCACUGUUCACACAUUCAUCUAGAAAUACAUCCUUUAAAGAAUGAACCCAGAGCCUGGUUAGUGACAAAAUAACUCUCAACAGUGUUAAACAUUAGCCGGCUGGUGUUUCUGACACCGUGGCUAAAUAACUAACGUUUCUUUGAGGCUUCGCGGUAGCUAACGUUAGCAUCCAGCUAACUGGCUAAACUGUUGAUCAGCGACACAACAGAAGAGGUAAAACCUCCAGACAUUUCUUCUCAGAAUGGACGUCAGCAUCGCCGUGUCUCUGAUUCGGGGCCAGAUGGGCGCUGUGGUGGAGCGAGCGGUGAACGGCGCGGUGGAGACGGUGCUGGCCGAGAUGCUGAAGGUGGUCGGGGUGAAGUUUGAGGAGCUGAAGUCUCAGGUGGCGCUGAUGAAGAGAGAUGUGACGCUGCUGCAGAGGGAGAAGGCCCAGAAGGAGAAGGAGAACGACAACAUCCGCGCCAAGCUGCGCUACACCGAGCUUAAGCUCAAGUACUACAGGCAGGGCGUGGAGGAGGAGCUGCAGCAGAGAGCCUCCGCCUCCACGCUGGUCCGCAUCCACCCGCCCGGCCCCCUGCAGUCACAGAGAGACGCAGCAGGAGUGUCCUCCACAGAGAUGUCCCCGUCCUACUCCACAAAGAGCCGGUCCUCUGAGGGACAGAUCAGGAACAGUCACGAACGCACCUCUCCACACAGCACCAGCAGGCGGGACGUCAGAGUGCACUGUCACUCGGACCUGGGAGUCGCCAGCUCCGACUCGUCUGACUUGAUGCUGCCGGUCUCGCUGUCUGUCGACACACCAAGCGAGUCUCUGGACAGCAGCACAGGUACAGUUUUGUUCUGUUCUGCAGAGCGAGAUGCAGCUCAGAAGAAGGAGGACGACUGUGAGUGGACCAUCUCUCUGCAGACUCACACGGACGGCUUGGACGAUGCCUGUCCUCCCGUCCAGGUCCUGAGUCUGGACCAGAGGCAGCCUUCCCCCGAUGCUUCAGCUCAGGCCGACAGCUCCACGCUGCCCUCCUCUGCUCCACAGGUGAAGCAGGAGGUCCAGGAGCAGCCAGAGGAGGAGGAGGAGGUGAUCUGCAUCAAGGAGGAGCCGGAGGAGGAGCAGGAGGUGAUGGCCUCUCUACUGCUGGACUGUCAGCUGCAGCAGGGUCACGCUCCAGAGGCCCAGGUUCAGAGGUCAGUGACAGAGAGCUCAGGGCUUCUUCUCUCUGCAGCCUGCAGCUCAGCCGGACCAAACGCCUAUCUGCUGCCUCAGCCGGUGGCGUCGCUGCAGUCGAUGGUGGUGCAGCCCUCGGGCGUGCCCCCCCGCCAGGCGGUGCGUCCCUGGAACAAAGACCUGAGCCUGUACGAAGAGUACAAGCUGCGGCGGAACGAGCUGCGCAGGAGAAGCAUCAACAGGCGCAGAGAGCUGGAGAAGGCGCUGCCGCAGCCACUGCUCGCUGACCUGGUGCGAGAGCGUCGGGAGAAAACGAGGCUGAGGGUGGCCCGGUGGAGAGCCAAGAGGAAGCUGCAGGCGUGUAUCAACCAGGCUCAGGUUCUGGGUGACGCUGCGUGUCUCUCUCAACCCGGCUUACCCCUCAGCAGCCAGCAGCAGCAGCACAGAGUCGCUGCAGGCUCGGCGUGCAGCGGUCAGCAGAGACAGAGCUCAGCUCCGCCUCUGUCCAGCAGCUUCAUCAACAACCUGUCAGCUGCUCUGCCCUUCAUCCCCUCCUCCUCCUCCUCCUCCUCCUCUCUGCUACUCGGAGGCUCCAACAUGACGUCCCAUCAGCAUGCUGUGACCUCCUCCUCUUCCUCCUCCUCCUCCUCCUUCCCUCAGGUCAACCUGUUACAGUCCAGCAUCUCUCUGACUGACGCUGACGUCUUACUGUAAGACGUUUGAAAACACAGAGACGUUCAGGAAUUAAAACCUUCAGUCCGAGUGACUCGCCGUACAUUGAACUUCUGUUGAAAAUCCAGUCACAACAAAGCGACUCUGUGCUGAACACAGAUGAUCAGGGCUCCAGAAAUCUAUCAAGUGCAGCUAAUCUUCACUGGUCACAGCAGAUAUCCUGAUGAACUCUGUCGUCUAAGGCAGUGAUUCCCAACAGGGGGGGCCCCGACACCCCCAGGGGGGCGCCAAAGAUCCAUGGGGGGUCGCGAAGCCCGCUUGAUUUUAAGGGAUGUAAUAAAUCUAAUGUGUUAAUAAAUAGAUGAGUCAGCAUUUAAUUCAUUAGUGGGACAAAAACAACUAAAUAAGUGCUACAUUAAACGUUUAUUAAUUUAUUUAAGCAAAAAAAAUCACUAUAGAAAAGUUUAAAAUUCUAGGCUAUAUGGGGAGAAUAAUGGCGUGUGUAACAUCCCUCCUGCAGUAUACACAGGUAACCUCACCUAGCGGAAACCUCACCUAGCGGAAACCUCACCUAGCGGAAACCUCACCUAGCGGUAACCUCACCUAGCGGUAACCUCACCUAGCGGAAACCUCACCUAGCGGAAACCUCACCUAGCGGUAACCUCACCUAGUGGUAAACUCACCUAGAGGUAACCUCACCUAGCGGCAACCUCACCUAGCAGUAACUUCACCUAACAACAGAAACACAGAGCUAAUGGAAAAAUGGCGAAGCGUCAUGGAGACGAAAAUGCUGAAUAUCUCAAAAAGAAAAAGAGAGGGUACCAUGAAAGUUAUAUUGCUUCAUAGAAGCAAUGGACAAUGGGGGGGUCGCCAAAGUUUCCAAUGGUAAAAAUGUGGGUCCCUCAAGAAAACAGUUGGGAACCACUGGUCUAAGUUGUUCAGCGAUCAUGGCAGCAUCAUCAGAUCACAUGACUUCUUCAUUGCGUCCCGCUGUAAAACCUUCAGCAGCGUGUUUCUGCCGUCAGCUUCCCUCUUAAGUUCUGCUUCAAACUCCAUGAGGACAGUUUGUGUUUGAUGAUGCCAGAACAAGUAAAACCGGAGAUAAGCUCAAAUAUUUAUUCAUUCAUUCAUUACCAUUAACCGAUUACCCGCAUUCGGGUCGCGGGUCAGUGGAGCCGAUCCCAGCUGACACUGGGCGAGAGGACACCCUGGACAGGUCGCCAGACUAUGACAGGGCUGACAUAUAGAGACAGACAAUCACACUCUCAGUCACAAUUUAGAUUAAACCUAAGUGAGAACCCACGCUGACACGGGGAGAACAUGCAAACUCAUUACAGAAGAGCCGCAAGAUCGCUAACCACUACACCGUGUAGCCAAGCUCAAAUAUAUUUAGUGUAAAAUAUAGAACUGGAUUGAGCAUGAUUGUGUUCAUAAGUAAAAGAAACAUAAUUUUCUAAGUCAGAUUUUAUGUUUUUUUUGUUUUCAAAAUGUUGAUCCAGUGAGUCAAUGUGAAAAAUAAUGAUCAGGUCAUAUAGGUGAGGCUGUGCUGGAUACAAUGAUACCAACAUGUCAUGGUAAACAUGUUUUAACUUUAUAUACAGACAGAAUGAGAAGGAGUCAGACCAAAACUACAAAGAGAUAAUAAGCAAACACUAACUCAAAUUUCUCAGAAAAUCUGAAAUCUUUUUCCUCAAGUUUAAAAAAAACAUGCCUCAUGUCACAUCAAAUAUUAAAUAUUGUUUGUUUGGUGACACACAUUUUAUUAUCCCGAUCAGUAAAUUAAUCUUCAUUUGCUCAGAAUUUUCAUUGUGAAAAUACAAGCAGAACAUUCAGUUGUGGGUUAACUUUUUUAUAGAUUUUAUUUUUUGGCCUGAGUGAGAAGCAGCAGUGUGACUAAUGUAAGAAGGUUUUCUGGAGCCCUGAUGAGCUGCUGGAUCUCCAUCAGGACUUGUACUAAAAACAUUCUGCAGCUGAUCUGGAUCAACAGUCUUUAAUCUCAUUUUCAUCAGAAACGGUAAACAGAUGCAUUCCAAUACAAACAUUCAGAAUCUUAUAUGAACAUAAAUUAUUUAAAUGUAUAUAUAUGUAGAAACCUUCACAAGUGUCCUGUACAUUUUACUGCUGGUGUAUUUCAGAGUGAAUUGAUUGAAUCAUAUUGCCACAGAAACAAUUUAUCUUGUUUCUUAAGUCUCUUUUAAAUAUUGGACGUACAAGUUUUUUCUGUGUGUGAAUGUAAUUAUUGCAUAUUGUUGUUGAAAUGUGUAUGAGAGGAUACUAUGAAUUGUUGACCAUGUUCAGCUCCAAUAAAUGCAGUAAAAGAGAAGCUUUUAUUAUGA